AUGGACGAGUCAGCGUCGGAGCGCUACUUCGAUAAGUAUAUCGCAAACGAUAACUUGAGGACAGAGCAGGGGGAGGUCACGGAGAAGAAGCAGAAGGAGGUCAUGGAGGAGAAAUCAGGGGUGCUCAAACUUGCGGCCGGCGGGCCGCUUCUGUCCCCGCUCCCUUCUGCUGAGAGCAGGACUGUUGAUAAGUCAUCACCAUACAGCAGCAGAACUCUGGACAACAACUCCCAGAAUUCCUCAGCAGGAGCUGAGUUCGCACAGGCGUCCUCCUCAUCUCAACCAGAGGCCUCCGCUGUUAAUCCCAUGACCCUGGCGGUGCCUGAGAGCCUCGAGGAGGAGUUACCAAAACCCACCCCAGUAAUAUGUAAUGUCUUCUCGACAGUGAACCUGGGCUGCCAUUUGGAUCUGGACAGCAUUGCACGCAAUAUGUGGAAUGUAGAAUACAAUCCAAAGAGUUUCAAGGGGCUCAUUAUGAGGAACCGAGAUACGAAAGCCACAGUGAUCAUGUACACUAGUGGGAAAAUGGCCUGCUUUGUGAGGGAGAGCCGCCUGAUGGCCAGAAGGUAUGCCCGCAAACUGCAGAAAUUUGGCUUCCCUGUCCGCUUCCUCAACUUUAAGAUCCAGAACUUGGCGGCUACUUGCAAAGCCUUUCCUGUGAAUUUAAAAAAACUGUGCAAGAUCUGGAAUUGGGAAUGGUCAGGAGAUUAUGGCUCUUAUCUCAUGAUUGUUCACAUUAUGUGUCAGCCAAUGCUAUUUGGUGCCAAAUGAUCAGAGAUGUCUUGCUUGCAGGUCUUUGGUUGAACACUAAUCACAUUUUUUUCAUCAGUCCCCAUGAGAAUGAUUUAAAGGGCUUUAAAGAUGACAUCAGGUG